AUGACAGAGCCAAGUAGCAGAAAGGAAGGAUAUAAAAAAUGCCGGAGUGCUACGUUCAGUAUUGAUGGCUAUAGCUUUACAAUUGUUGCAAAUGAGACAGGUGUCAAACAUCCACAACCACUUUCACUAUUUGCCUGGUCUAAGUCACAAAACUGCUUGUGGAACACCACUGUCGGUGGGUUGACCAGCAACCUCAAGGAAAGGCCAAAGCCGACCAUCAUCAAUGACCCUAGACCUCCUGAUGAAAUCUUAGCAGAUGAACUACCACCAGUGAACAGUCCUGAGGCGCUGGUGAAAACAUCUUUCAGAUUGCGGUCUUUGGUAAAGCAAUUAGAGAGAGGGGAAGCUUCGGUUGUAGACUUAAAGAAGAAUUUGGAAUAUGCUGCGACUGUUCUUGAGUCAGUAUACAUUGACGAAACUAGGCGUUUACUGGACACAGAAGAUGAACUCAGUGAUAUUCAGUCUGACUCUGUGCCCUCAGAGGUCCGUGACUGGUUGGCUUCUACCUUCACACGGCAAAUGGGGAUGAUGCUCAAAAGGACAGAGGAAAAACCCCGGUUCAGGAGUAUUGUCCAUGCAGUGCAAGCUGGGAUAUUUGUAGAAAGAAUGUACAGGCGGACUUCAAAUAUGGUUGGCUUGAGCUACCCACCAGCUGUAAUUGGAGUGCUAAAGAAUGUUGACAAGUGGUCCUUUGAUGUAUUUGCACUAAACGAUGCCAGUGGGGAUCAUGCACUGAAAUUCAUUUUCUAUGAACUUCUCACGCGCUAUGAUCUGAUCAACCGUUUCAAGAUUCCCAUUUCUGCCCUGGUGUCCUUUGUGGAAGCUCUGGAGGUUGGCUACAGCAAACACAAAAAUCCUUAUCACAACCUCAUGCACGCUGCAGAUGUGACACAGACAGUCCAUUACCUCCUUUUCAAGACAGGUGUAGUGCACUGGCUGACAGAGCUGGAGAUCUUCGCUAUGAUCUUUGCAGCUGCCAUACAUGACUAUGAACACACUGGAACCACUAACAACUUUCACAUCCAGACACGGUCAGACUCAGCCAUUCUAUAUAAUGACCGGUCUGUGCUUGAAAAUCACCAUGUUAGUGCGGCGUAUCGUCUUUUGCAAGAUGAUGAAGAGAUGAAUAUUUUAUCUAAUCUCUCAAAGGAUGAUUGGAGAGAAUUCAGAGCUCUAGUGAUUGAGAUGGUGUUGGCCACUGAUAUGUCCUGUCACUUCCAGCAAAUCAAAGCUAUGAAGAAUGCUUUGCAGCAGCCAGAAGGAAUUGACAAGCCGAAAGCCUUAUCACUGUUGUUACAUACAGCAGAUAUCAGUCAUCCAGCCAAAGCUUGGGAUCUCCACCAUCGCUGGACAAUGUCUUUGCUAGAGGAGUUCUUCAGACAGGGUGACAAAGAAGCAGAACUAGGGCUGCCCUUCUCUCCCCUGUGUGAUCGCAAAUCUACUAUGGUUGCUCAGUCUCAAAUAGGUUUCAUUGAUUUCAUUGUGGAACCCACUUUUACUGUGCUGACUGACAUGACAGAGAAGAUUGUGACUCCACUCAUCAAUGAAGCUUCCCACUCUGGCAUGUCCGGAUUCAGGCGCUCCAGCCUAAAUAACAUUAGUCCCUCCGAAGUUAAAAGAUCAAGUGUCAAGAGCACUGGGUCCGAAGGAAGUGCCUCACUUAACUGCUCCAUACUCACUGUGGACUUCAAAUGUUUUAAAGCCACCUGGACUGAGGUGGUACAGCAGAACAGGGAGAAAUGGAAAGCGCAAGCCACCAAAGAUGCAGAAGAAAAAACUAAGAAAGAAGCAGAGGAAAAUGCCUAUCAGGGAACAGAUGAAAAGGAAAGCGAAAAGGAUGAGAAGCCAGCUGAAGAUACCACAGCAACAAAUACAGAGAACAGCAAAGAACCAAAUCCUGGGGAAAGCAAAAGCACAGAUUGCAGUAAAAAUUCUGUAAAUGAGACUCAGCAAAGGGGCAUGAACAAACACAAAGCCUCUCAAGGGAAAAACAUACCUGGGACAGAUAAGGGAACAGACUCUCAUCACACAGUGGGAGAAGAGAAACAGCAUGUCCAGAAUGGUGAAUUAAAGGAAGACAAUAAGUUGGACAAAAGAGAUAAGUCCAGUGUGGGGGAUGAAUCAAAGAAAACAGAUGAUACGGAAGAGUAAAAAUAUAUUAAAAAAGAGACUGGAAAUCACUUUCGUCAUUUUAUCUGAGCUUCUUCAUUCCUGUUCUCCUCCUUCAGCAAAGACCAGUUUCUGAGAAAGGCAUUAAACAAACUUUGAAACACUCUUCCUCCCACUGGCUACUUCACAGCUAAUGACUCUGGGUUCAAGGGUGGGGGCCUUGGUUUUUUUGAUUCUUUUGUUUUGAUUUGGUGUCUCUUUCCUUUUCUUUCUUUCUUUCUUUCUUUCUUUCUAUCUUUCUUUCUUUUUUUUUAUGUAUGCAUGUUUUUUGUUGUUGUUUUGGGAAGUUUUUUUGUUAAAAAAUCAAGAUCGAAUUUCCUGAUGCAAAUGGUUCCAUAUUUCUGGAUAGGUCAAGCAAAUAGAAGAGGGUCAUCUUCAAAAGCUAGUAUUGCCCUUUGCUAUGAGUCAGCUUGUGAAACCAACACUAGGAUGAUGCAAAAGAAUAUAAAAGAAAUAAAAAAAAAAGAAAACUUGAUAAUAUUUUACUUUUACUCUUUUCCUUUUCCCUGAGAGUCUUUUCCAAUUGCUAGUAGACAGAAUUUGAUAUCAGUUUUACCCUUGCUGUAGAAGAUUUUCUUAAGAAUGGUGAAUUUGUGGAGUCAUUUGAUUAUUCAUUAGGGUUUGAUAUUAUUCCCAGAUAAUACAAUGAUAGCAAAAUGUUUUUGUUUCUGAACAGCAGGUGGACUCACUCAACCCUUGGUUUUGUUCUCUUUUUGCAGUUAGGACAGGAAUAACCAAUGAAAGUAAUAUUCCCUUGGGGCAAAUUCUGUUGUCAGACUCUCAGAGUAUGUAUUAAUAUAUGUCUUGAUGUGCCUGCUUAACUUGAGAUUGCAGGUAAUUAGCUGUUACCCACAUUUUUUCAUGGGCCACUAGUAAUAGUUGUUUGUCUGACCUGAAGAUCUAGGAGAAGAGGGACAGCAGGGCAUCACAUGGAUCAGCUCUUAACUUUCAUCUCAAUGUGGUCUUUCAUCACUGACUGAAUGGAUAGGCCAAAGAAAAGGAAAAGUGUUGUUGUAUAAGUAUGGACAGACAAAACUAAAAUAAGAAUGUAUGACAAACAUCAAACACAUAUGUAAGUGGUUUUCUGGCUUGGGCUCUUGAUAGGGAUCCAGUUAAUUGUAUGAAAUUUUGCCUGUCUAUUCAGAAAUCGAGAUAUGUACAUGUACAUACAACUGUUUUUGCUGAACAGCUUUCUGUUCAGGAUGACUUCUUGCUGUGUUAGUCACAUAUGUAUUUUACAAGGAAUCAGACUCCUGUCAUGGACCUUUUCUGUGUAAAGAACAUGCAAAACAUUGGCUUAGGAAGCUAAAUAUUUGUUUCCAUUUCAUGUCCAAAAGCACAGAACUUUAAAACCAGAGUUUGGGGUCUGUUCCUGCUUAAAUUGUGCAUGUACAGGGAUGAGCUUCCUGUGACACUAGUAAAAAUUACAUCAGUGAACUCAACCUAAAUCCACAUUUUAAAUGUGAAUACCUUCUCACUUAAAAGUGUUUGUAUCUGGGAUUCUCAUUAUUGAGGCUAGAGACAUUUUGAGUUCUUUUUUUGUACACCAGAGUUUAAAUUUGUUCAAAGCCAGAGAUUUAGAUUAUGUUCAUGCUGCGAUAAGGUUGCACUUCAAUUACAUGUUCAGAAAGAAGUACAUGAAGUUGUUAGAAUACGCAGUUGUCUUCACUGAACCAGCUCAUUUAAAUAAAAUAUAAGGGGAUAUAGUGUUCCUGUUCAUGAGUUCCUGGUUCAGUAGAAGCUCUGGGGUAAAUUUUUGAGGAAAGUGGAGUGCUGGGAGGACAGUAGCUCCACUGUCAUCAUUGAGCACAUUCCAUGUUGUGUGACAGGCAGAGGGCUGUGUCACACUUAGUGCUUUCCCGCCUCCUCUUUCCUCUCUUCCAUCAGCGUUCAGCUCCAAUAAAAGAAGAAUAUAACUUCCAGCUCUGACCAGGGUCUUUGAAGGCACACUGAUUAAAUAUCAGUAAUGCAGAAGUAAAUGCCGUAGUGGUGACUCAGUCUCUGCUUCGUAAGAUUUCUUCCUGAGAUCAGCGGGAACAUACCCUAACUGAGUGUUUGGUCAGAGGUGCAGAAUGAUUUAGUCAAUAUUUUUUAAGUUACCCUUACCUUUUAUAGCGACUGAAGAUGCCUUAGAUUAUGCACAGUAGAAUAAUAACAGUUGUAAAAAACACUAAAUCUUUUUCUUCGUCUGUUUCUGACAUAUGUAUUUUCUUUCUUUCUGAGAGAGACUUCUUUCAGACAGUAAGACCAAACAGCUUAAUUCAUGUCUGGUCAGUUCUUGUUUCUCAUGCAUGAGCACAAAGGUAUGAAGUCAGGUUGGAAAAUGUUUUUCCUCUAUUACUGGGGUUAUUCACUAUUGGUGGGAGCUAAUAAGGGAAGUGGUGAAUUUGCUGUCUCUUGGGGACUGCAGAUCAGAGUUGCCAUUCUAGAAGAGAUGCUAUAGGCAAAGUUAUUGGUCUCAGCACACAGGUAUACAGCACAAUGUUUUGUAAUACAUAGACAGUCAGCUAACAUGCCCCUGUUUUUCACUCAUCUGUGUAAGGUACAGUAGAUUAUUAGCAUUCUUAGAAUGUUUUGUUGUCGUGUAAAAAAAAAAAUCUGUGUAAAAUCUAUUAGCUGGGAGAAUAUAUAAAGCGAAAUCCAGAAAUUGAAACCCUACAAAGGAAUUAGGCCGGGUGACAGUAUCUAUUGUGGUGUUGCCUCCCAGGAUCACACCUACAUUUCCUUACUUUGCCCCCGCCACCUCCCUGAAAUACUCUGCACCACUGUGCUAGUGCAUCAUGAGCCAAAGGAUGGUAUG